AUGUCUGAAGACGUAUGUGAUGGCAUCUUGUCUGAAGAAAAACCUGAAGUAAUGGAAAUGCCCAGCAAUGAGAUACUGCCUCACAAGUUAGUACCACAUCUUGUGGAAGGUGAGGUCUCGCAUGAGUCUUCACAUGAUGAACAUCAACAGGCCACUCAGAGUGCCAGCAAUGGACAGGAAGGACACAUAUUUAUCAAUGAAAACCCUUUAACUGAAAAAAUAAUUGAAAGUCUGCCUUCCAAUGGAGAGGCGACUGAAGACGUGCCCACUGAGUGCAUUGAGACUGUAAGCCUUGAUGCAGAACCUGAAUCUGAAGAAACACUGCAUGAACAAAGCAAUCCAGCCACAGAAUCCUCAUCCAAAGGAAGUAGAUGGGGGACUUGGGGGACUUGGGGAAAGUCUCUCCUGUCAUCAGCUUCUGCCACAGUGGGUCAUGGGAUAACAGCAGUAAAGGAAAAAGCAGGAACUACCCUAGGAAUUCAUAAUGCGAGUUCAGCAUCUUCAGAAACAGCAGAGCCUCCUGCAGCUGAAACACCAAUUAUACAAGCAGAUGAUUCUCUGGACCAAAGCUCUUCUGAGAAUAUUCCUUCUUCUUCACCUGGAUCUCGUGGCAUGUUGUCAGCUAUCACAAAUGCAGUACAGAGCACAGGGAAGAGUGUAUUAUCUGGAGGCUUGGAUGCUUUGGAAUUUAUUGGGAAGACGACUAUGAAUGUCCUUGCAGAAAGUGAUCCUGGAUUUAAGAGAACCAAAACACUGAUGGCAAGAACAGUUUCCCUGUCUCAGCUGUUGCGAGAAGCCAAAGAAAAAGAGAAACAGAGGCGGGCCCAGCAAGUGACAGUUGAAAGAACAGCACAUUAUGGACUACUUUUUGAUGAGUUCCAGGGUUUGUCUCAUCUUGAAGCUUUGGAAAUCCUGUCAAACGAAAGUGAAGCCCAGAUUCAGUCAUAUUUAGCCACACUUGAUAGAGAGCAGUUGGAGACUGUGAAAAAUGAUUUAAUUGCUAUAAAAGAGAUUUUUGUUCCAAAGGAAUCAGACAACGAAGUGGUGCAGGAACAGAAAGCAGAUAUGGGAGAAGAGUUUGUCAGCAUGCUGACUGAACUGCUGUUUGAAUUACAUGUCGCUGCUACUCCUGACAAACUUAAUAAGGCUAGGAAAAAAGCACAUGAAUGGCUGGAAGAAGCCAGUCUUUCCACCCCAGUAGGUGUAGCAGAGAAGCUAAAAGAAAUACCUGGAGAACCUGCUGAAGAAAAGACUGAAAAAGAAGAUAAAGUCGACACUGAUAAACCAGAAGGAGAUAAAAACAAAACUGUGGAGAAAAUCUACAUGCUGUCCAUUGAAAGUCUGGCUGAGGUAACUGCUCGUUGUAUUGAACAGCUUCAUAAAGUAGCAGAACUAAUUCUACAUGGGCAGGAAGUGGAAAAACCAGCCCAAGAUCAAGCAAAAGUACUGACAAAUUUAACAAGUGCCAUGUGCAAUGAAGUUUCAUCUUUAUCAAAGAAGUUUUCUGAUUCUUUAACUACAGCUGGGAGCAGUACAAAGGCAGAGGUUCUCAACCCCAUCAUUGACAGUGUGCUAUUAGAGGGCUGCAACAGUACUACUUAUAUUCAGGAUGCUUUCCAGCUAUUGCUUCCAGUUCUGCAAAUUUCACACAUCCAAACCAAUUGCUUGAAAGCACAAGAGUGA